CCCCCCCCCCAGCACACAUGAAAAUGGAAAAGAGAUUGGUAGAGUAUUAUCCAAUUAUAAAAAACAGAUCAUCAAAAAAUGACUGGGUAAGUGGGUUUUUAAUCACAAUGGCUUGAUUUUGAAGUUUAUGGCAAAAGUGUGGGUCUGUUUUGUCAUUUUAAAGUGUACAAUUUGUUUUCACCACGAGCAUGUUGCUAAAAAGCUCCAGAAGAGACUCUCAAAUGUCAGAAGCCCAAGGAAGUCCAAAGUUCCUCCUUCAAAGAAACAACGUAGAGAUCAAUAAAUGGAUGCAGAUAUUACAACAAAUGACUACGAUGGAGAUUCCAGCGCAUCAACAAUUAUUCUGGAGCGGUCCCCUGCAACAAGCCCCCCUGCAGCAAGCCCCCCUGCUAGAGCGAGCACCUCUUCUUCAGCCAGCCCCCCUGCUAGAGCAAGCAUCCCUGCCCCCCCAGUGCCAGACCAGGAUAGCAGUGACAAAGCAUCUGGUUCCGUUGACCUUUUCGACAGCCAGAAAACCCAAGCAAGACACUACAGGACUCUCCAGGAAAUGUACAAGUCCAAGAGGCCAAAUAAAGCUGCGGUGGCUCAUUUGAUGAACCUGGAGUUUGAGUCUAGAAGACGAUUCAUUACCUCUGAGGUUCUAAAGGAGCAAGACAAACCGACAAAGAUUCUGGAGGUUUACCCAUGUUUCAGGGAAUUGGAUCAUGUCAUGGAUGAGCUGCAAAGAAUCAUUCAACCCAAAAACUCCCGUUACAUCUUGGAGGUGAAGGACAGAUGGGGAAACUUUCUACUCAAAGUCCAGUUUUAUGGUGUGAUGAAGAAAGCCAUGAAGCCUCCUGAAACCUUGAAUGGAGUGGAGCAUGCCACAGCUGUGUUCACAGCCCUGCCACUUAUCUUCCCAUCAAACACUGUGCCACCAAGGAAGCUGGGCACCAGCAGGGAGGCUCUCUUCCAUAUCUUGACGACUUCAGAAGACCCAGAAACGUUCCUGCGCCAGCGGUCCCUGUCGUGUCCAGUUGUGCUGGUCUCUGAGGAGAACUGCAUGAUCGCCGUAGGAAGCACGCCUCUGACCACCUUUCAAAAAGAGCAGUUUGAUGAAGAACUUCUCUACCUAAUGACUUAUUAUUAUGCCAUGCACCUUACCUACCCAAAGUGCAUAUCCACACUGCUGUCUGUUUUCCAAACAGAAAUCCUCAAAGAUGUCAUCCAUGAACGCGACACAACCCAAAGCUACAAAAAAGCAAUAGGCGAGUGGAAGGCCUUUAUUGAGUGAGUGAAAUGUGCCUAAUUCUGCUCUGCAGGCGUUGUUAGUUGUUUUCCUAUGUAACUGUAGGAUGCUGCUAAAUUCAUUGUGAGCAAUUUCAAUUGGAUGGUUUUCCCAUUCAUCAAGGUUUGUUUGUGUGCCCCACACUUCACUUCCAUAGAGUAGAAUAAUUGUUUAAAUAAAAAAGGUUUUAUAUAACAAUACUUAAUUUAAGAUAAACAUUCUUAGUUUAAGACAAAGUAACUAAUAUAGUGUGUCAAUUAAAGCCAAUGAUUCUUAUUGUAAGCUUUCUUUGCUAAUUAUAAAUCUUAAUUUAAGAAAUACAUUCUUAGUUCAAGACAAAGUCACUAUAUAGUGUGUCAAUUAAAGCCAAUGAUUCUUAUUGUAAGCUUUCUUUGCUAAUUAUAAAUCUUUAAUUUAAGAAAUACAUUCUUACAGUCACCUCAACCAGAAGACCAAAAUACUAAUUUUAAGUUAUUCUUUCUUAAAUAAUGCAGGAAUCAUUGCUUGUAAUAAGCAUUUUUGUCUAGUUUCAAGGCCCAUUACGGUCUUUGAGUAGCUAGAUUUUAAUUCUAGUUUUAAGAAUUCUAGCAGAUUUUUUUGCUUGAUACAGGGAAAUCUGACUUGAUUCAAGAAUAUUUUGCUUCUUUUUGGAGGGGCUGUUUUUGCAGUGUACCAGUUGUAUCUGGUUGGGCUCAUCUCUACGCACAGCGUCGGCUCUGGAACCUUACUUCUGGAUAGGGGCUGGACUCUAUUCUUCUCCGGAGUUUCUCAAGGUGUGAGGUGCCGGGCAGGUGCUUCUUUGUUGGAGUUUACCCCAGUGGACGAGAGGGUCACCUCUCU